AUGGACGGAUCCUCCAGCGCCGAUUCCCAGGGGAUCGUGGACGGUCCCCCACCUCCAUCGCAGCUGGCAAUGAGUGAAGGAGGGCCCUCGAAUGUCGGCAUCGACAACUCCCACAACUCAGACAACCCAGAUCACCCAGGCUUUAUCUUAGUUCACCUGACCAAGCUGGUCAGCGAAGAAUCACCCGAAGCGAGGAUAAUUUUUCUCUACGAACUGCAGCUCAAGACUCGCUGUGUGAACAUCUAUCAGUUCAGCAACCCGACAGGCAGGGACGUCCGCAUAGCCGAGGCCAAUCGAUUCAGUUUGCCUCUAUAUGUCGUCACUGAUGCCUUGAAGGGAGUCCCAGUCGUGGCAGAAGGCCCAGCCUAG